AUGUGGGCAGCUUCCUGCCUGGCGUCGUGCUGCGCUGCUUGCGCCUGCGAUGCGUGCCGGACGGUGGUGUCGAGUAUCAGCCGCCGGUCUGCAAGGAUUGCAUACUGUGGGCUCUUCGCGCUUUCUCUGAUCGUCUCAUGGAUUCUCCGUGAGGUCGCAGCUCCCCUCUUGGAAAAGAUUCCUUGGAUUACUCAGUUUAAUCAGACACAUAACAGGGAGUGGUUCGAAACAGAUGCAGUGCUUCGUGUUAGCUUGGGAAAUUUUCUCUUCUUCACCAUUUUAGCUGUUAUGAUGGUUGGCGUGAAAAGCCAGAAGGAUCCUCGUGAUAGUUUGCACCAUGGUGGAUGGAUGAUGAAAAUUAUUUCCUGGUGCCUUUUAGUGAUCUUCAUGUUUUUCAUACCAAAUGAGAUUGUUAGCUUCUAUGAGACAAUUUCAAAGUUUGGCUCAGGAUUUUUUCUCCUUGUACAAGUUGUACUUUUGUUGGAUUUUGUUCAUGGGUGGAAUGACAAAUGGGUUGGAUAUGAUGAGCAGUUCUGGUACAUUGCACUUUUUGUUGUUUCUCUUGUUUGUUAUCUGGCAACAUUCGUCUUCUCUGGACUUCUUUUCCAUUGGUUUACGCCAUCUGGACAUGACUGUGGGCUCAACACCUUCUUUAUUGUCACAACUCUGAUCUGUGUGUUCCUUUUUCUCAUAGUCGCUCUGCAUCCUGCUGUAAAUGGCAGCAUUUUGCCAGCGUCAGUUAUAUCAAUGUAUUGCACAUACCUUUGCUACAGUGCACUUGCCAGUGAACCAAGGGAAUAUGAGUGCAAUGGUCUUCACAAACAUUCCAAAGCUGUUUCCACUGGGACCCUUACCUUUGGUUUGCUAACCACUGUUCUUUCUGUGGUUUAUUCUGCUGUUCGUGCUGGAUCUUCUACAACUCUUCUCUCCCCACCAAGUUCUCCUCGUGCAGGUGCUGGAAAGCCUCUGCUUCCAUUGGACAAGGCAGAUGAACAUGAAGAAAAAGAGAAGGCGAAGCCAGUAUCAUAUUCAUAUUCGUUUUUCCACAUCAUCUUCUCUCUUGCUAGUAUGUACUCGGCAAUGCUUCUGACAGGAUGGACAACCUCAGUUGGGGAGAGCGGGAAGUUGGUUGACGUGGGGUGGCCAUCUGUGUGGGUGCGGAUUGUGACUAGUUGGGCAACUGCAGGUCUGUUCAUCUGGUCUCUUUUGGCUCCUAUUCUGUUCCCCGAGAGGGAAUUCUGA